AUGAAACAGUUUUAUCAAAAAUCUCUUAUUUUUCUUCUUGUAACUAUAAUAGGUUUAUCAAAAUCUGAUUUAGCUGUUAAGCUUACUCGUGAUGGAUGUGGUGAAACAAAAGCAUGCCUUUUUAAACCACCAGGUUGUGAUCCAAGUCUUGAUUGUACAAUGGGAGCUAUGUUUACUGUUGUUGGACCUAAUCAAUUAAAAGUACAAUUAGUUGCUCAAUCACUUAUACCAACACCAUCAUUACAAUAUAUUGCAAUUGGAUUUAGUAAAGAUGCCACAAUGGGAGAUGAUUAUGUUAAUGAAUGUGUCUUAAAUACUGCUGGAAAUUUAGGUGAAACACUUCCAGAAGUUUUUACAUCAUAUAACAAGGGUAAAUCAAAUGAUCGUACUUAUUUAAAUGAAACUGAACAUAAUACAUUAUUUUCUGAUAUUAAAGGUGAAAUUAUAAAUGGAAGAUUAGCUUGUGAAUUUACACAACAAAUCAUUCCACAAAUUUCUUCUAAGGGAAAUCGUAUUCUUCCACUAAAUGAAAAAUAUUACAUUCUUAUUGCUACCGGAUCUGCACAACCAGAUGAAGUAAAUGUGCAUGACACUAGUUUAUCUAGUCAUUUCUUCCCAAUUGUAUCUGCACGCCCAAUUAACCCAUCACUGAUUGGAGAGGCUACAUACGAUUUACCAAAACCUUUUGUUGAGGAAACACCUUCAGUUGAAACUACAACAACCUCAAUUACAAGUGAAGAAAAUAAUACAACAAUCGAGAAGGCCCCUGAACAAAAUGCAGGAACAUCAAAUGCCUAUACAUCAAUGAUUGUUACUAUUGUUUCAAUCAUAUUAUUUAGUUUCAUUAAAUUUACUUAUUAA